AGCAAAAACCCACCAAAUAGAUUAAUUUUGAGACAGCUAAAUGAAAUGGGCAUCGUACGAAGAUUUUGUUCUAGUUGGAAACUCCACCAAGUUGUUAGAUUAAAUAGCAGGAACAGAUACAGUUAUAGUUCCUUUAAUAAAUCUGUUGAUCCCCCAAACCCAUCAUGUUCCAAUUCCUUCCUCACUCAUGGAAUCCACGUGUUUCACUGCCCUGAUUCUGUUGGAAUUGUUGCCAAGUUAUCGGAUUGCAUUGCCUCUAGGGGAGGCAACAUUCUCGCUGCUGAUGUUUUUGUACCUCAAAAUAAACAAGUCUUCUACUCUAGAACGUAUACUCUCAAUAUCGUCUUUUUAUAUGCAUCUUGUUUUACACACAGUACAAUUUAUGUUGGUCAUUACUGCAGUGUUUUCGUUUUUGAUCCUGUUACAUGGCCUCGAUUGCAAAUGGAGGAGGAUUUCCUAAAGCUCUCCAAAACAUUCAGUGCCAUGAGAUCUGUUAUAAGGGUGCCAGCUCUGGAUCCUAAAUAUAAGAUUGCUCUUCUUGCAUCAAAGCAGGACCACUGCCUGAUAGAUUCAUUGCAUGGAUGGCAGGAUGGGAGACUCCCAGUGGACAUCACUUGUGUAAUUAGUAACCAUGAUAGAGGUCCAGAAAGCGAAGUGAUUCGUUUUCUUGAAAUGCACGGUACUCCUUACCAUUAUUUAAGAACUACAACAGAGAAUAAAAGAGAAGGGGAGAUCUUGGAGCUGGUUAGAAAUACUGAUUUUUUAGUGCUUGCGAGGUAUAUGCAGAUAUUAUCCAGCGUCUUCCUAAGGAGUUAUGGGAAGGAUAUAAUUAACAUCCACCAUGGCUUGUUGCCAUCAUUUAGGGGUAGCAAUCCAUCUAAACAGGCCUUUGAUGCAGGUGUGAAAUUAAUCGGUGCAACAUGUCACUUUGUGACUGAAGGACUUGAUGCUGGACCUAUAAUUGAACAAAUGGUUGAGAGAGUUUCCCAUAGAGACAACUUGCAGAGCUUUGUGCAGAAAUCAGAGAACCUUGAGAAACAAUGUUUGUCAAGGGCUAUCAGAUCUUAUUGUGAGCUUCGACUAUUGCCAUAUGAAGAAAAGAAUACCGUUGUAUUUUAAUGGCAAACAACAAUUAUAAUGUACCCAAAUGAGUGCAUCUCUACAUGUUUGUAUAAUUGUUUACUUGAAAAGCUCGUAUUAUUCCACUUCAUUUGCAAGAAUGAUAUGUAAAAAGGAAAAUGCUAAAAGAAUAAAGA